UCUCUACAGUCUUUUUUGUUUUUUCAGUGCAACCUUGGACCAGUGCUUGGGCAUCAUGAAGGUCGCCUCUUUUAACAUCCAGAAAUUUGGGAAAUCAAAACUCUCUGAUCCGUUUGUGCUGAAAACCCUGAUCAAGAUUGUGUCACGCUAUGACAUCAUUGUUAUUCUCGAAGUGGUGGACUCCAGCGGAGAUUCAGUGGAUAAUUUUCUCAAAGAGCUGAAUAAGUUCAACAAGACGCACCGUUACACCUUGGAGAUCAGCACACGCCUGGGAAGAGAAAGUUACAAAGAACAGUUUAUGUUCCUCUACAGGUAACUGCGUAAUUUUGAAGAU